UGCAUUUGUAGUAGCCGUGCCCUAGCCCGGAAGUGGGUGUUUCCUCCCUGACUGGUUCGCAGUGUUGGUUCUGGAUUUGAUGGAAGAGAUGUCAGGAGAAAGUGUGGUGAGCACGGCAGUGCCGGCAGCUACGACCCGGCCCACCUCAUUCAAGGGCUCGAGCCCCAGCUCCAAGUACGUGAAGCUGAAUGUGGGGGGAGCGCUGUACUACACCACCAUGCAGACCCUCACCAAGCAGGACACCAUGCUGAAGGCCAUGUUCAGUGGCAGGAUGGAGGUACUCACAGACAGUGAAGGCUGGAUCCUGAUUGACCGCUGUGGGAAGCACUUUGGAGCUGUCUUGAAUUACCUGCGUGAUGGAGCGGUGCCCCUGCCUGAGAGUAGGCGGGAAAUUGAAGAGCUACUUGCAGAGGCCAAAUACUACCUUGUGCAGGGGCUGGCAGACGAGUGUCUGGCAGCACUGCAGAACAAGGACACAUACGAACCAUUCUGUAAGGUCCCUGUGAUCACAUCAAGCAAAGAGGAACAGAGACUGAUAGCCACCUCUAACAAGCCUGCUGUUAAGCUGCUGUAUAACAGAAGCAACAACAAAUACUCUUACACCAGUAACUCAGACGACAACAUGCUGAAGAACAUAGAGUUGUUUGACAAGCUGUCGCUGCGCUUCAACGGCAGGGUCCUCUUUAUCAAGGACGUCUUGGGGGACGAGAUCUGCUGCUGGUCCUUUUACGGGCAGGGCCGCAAGAUCGCUGAGGUCUGCUGCACUUCCAUCGUGUACGCCACUGAGAAGAAACAGACGAAGGUGGAGUUCCCCGAGGCUCGAAUCUAUGAGGAGACUCUCAAUAUACUUCUGUACGAGGCGCAGGACGGGCGUGGUCCAGACAAUGCUCUGCUGGAGGCGACAGGGGGCGCUGCGGGUCGGUCAAGUCACCUGGACGAGGACGAAGAGAGGGAACGCAUUGAGCGAGUGAGGAGGAUCCAUGUGAAACGGCCGGAUGACAGGACACACCUCCACCAGUGAGAGGAAUCAGCUGACCUUCCCCUACCCGCGCAGCUCACCUCCACUUACACUGCAUCUCCUGCAGACGCUCCCCAUUGGGAUUCCUACAAAGGUAAAAGACAGCAACUGUUCAUGGCUGUGUGCCAUCUUAAUGAGUCUUUCCUAUUACAGUUACUAUAUGAAUUCCCAUAUUCAAUACAGUCACUGCUUUCUGCCUUUGUCCAGAGAUACUGAAUUUGAAUAGACCUUCGGUUUUGUAAUUUUUAAAGGAAAUUAAUGUUUGUUGCUGUAUUUUGCCUUUAGAAGGCACUGUGCUGCCUGUAAAGAUGGGAUCAUAACUCACUUAAACUAAGACAUGUUGGCAGCCUAUGUUUAUGAUAGGUAUGUGACAUGGGGUUUGGAACACUUUAUAGAAUUCACACAUCAGUCAGUAAUUUUGUGGUGAAGGCUGAGGUGUUUCUUCAUUAGUCUGUCUACAGGAUUAGAGCCUGCCUUAGUGCACACAUCCUUUCUGCUUCCAGACUGAUUCUCAGAACAGGAAAGGGUCGUGCAUUUCAGCGGUUUGUUGGUGGGAAUGCAAGUCUGUGUUUGUGUAAGUAUGUACAGAGAGAAUGUACAUAAACAUGCAGAUUGUUCACUGUAUACACACAGUGUAGCAGCAGUUUUAAAUGGUUUGAUUCAGGGUUGAAAGUCUUUGAGUCAUUUUCUGUAAGGUCCACCUAAUUCCUACUUUUUAAUACAGCUUGUAUAUUAAUAUUCCAAUGCUUCGAGGUGCUGAUGUAAAGAUGCGGUUGAAAAUAAGCAAAUAGUAAUGGUUGGAAGACAACUCGACGUUGCCGUUUUUUUUUU